AUGUCUCAACUGGCGCAUGCCUCCGUCACGGCGGUGAAUCUCUACGCCGGCGCCAACGACGGCAACCUCACCUCGCUGAGGCUCACCUCCGACAGCCGCGGCAAGUACGCCCUAGAAAAGACGCACGUUACUGACCAAGGCGGUCCGCAGGCCGUCUGGUUGGAUCUCGACGUUCCCAAUCGCGUGUUGUACUGCCUGGACAGAAGCGGCACGGCGAACACCUUUGCCGUGUCCGGGGACGGGGCGCUGAGGCGGAUCGCGAGGGUGAAUACGACUCUUGGACCGGUCAGCAGCGCGUUUUAUAACACUAAUGAGAACCGCGGCUUGAUACUCGCCCACUAUGCCGGUAGCGCCGUCACAGCAUGGAACGCGCCACCGAAUGGAAACCUAAGUUUGAUCCAGACCCUCAUCUACAACUCACCCACCGGGCCCAGGCCCUCGCAGAACGUAUCUCAUCCGCACGACGCCAUCGUGGAUCCGACGGGCAAGUUCAUCGUGGUGCCGGACCUCGGGGGCGACAUCCUCCGCGUAUACACAUUCGACCAGCAGACGAACCUCCUCACGCAGGUCGACCAGUUUCCGACGCCUACCGGCUCCGGUCCGCGUCACGGGCUCUUCUGGGCUCCGUCCCGGAGCUCCUCCGGCGGAGAUGGCCCUCUGUACUUCCACGUCCUCUCGGAGCUGGACAGCACCGUCACUUCGUUCCGCGUGACGUAUCCCGCUGCCGGGAGAAUCGCCUUUGCGAAUGUCGGCGUCGUGAGCGCGUACGGCACGGAGCCCGCCGCGCCGAACGGGAUCGGGGCCGAGAUCGAGGUAUCGCCCGAUAACAGAUUCAUCAUGGUCUCGAACCGCAACGACUCGUCCUUCAGCAUCCCGAACCUCGACCCGGCCAACCGGACGGCCGAGGCGUCGGACUCGCUCGCGGUGUUCAAGCCGGCGGACGACGGGGCGCUGGAGUUCGUGCAGCUCGCGCCUGCGGGCGGGAUCUGGCCGCGUCACUUCAAGAUGAACAAGGCUGGAGAUCUGGUCGCCGUUAGUCUGCAGUACUCGUAUCGGGUGGCGAUCCUGGCGAGGAAUGUGUCGACGGGGGUGUUGGGACCUUUUCUUGCGCAUGUUGAUGGUGUUGGCGAGGUGGUGACUGCUGUGUGGGAUGAGUAG